UGGAACACCGAAAUCUGACGGUUUUUCUCUAUGGUCAACAUAACCUAUGAAAUUGUUUAUUUUUUAAAUUGUAUACCGUAUUUGCAAAAUUUUGGCUUUCAAUUUACCGGUUUACAGGAUUUUGAGGAAAUUUUUAUUUUAUUUAAAUAAAUAUGUCUGAAACUGCGAGUUACAACUUGAUGUUGAUUUUUAAAGAUAUUUUGAGCAAUAAGAAGAUUAAACUUGAGUUAAGUACAAUUUCAAAGAUAAUUAAGGAGGAUUUGUCGAUUAAUUUGGACGAUUUAAGUCAAAAUAUUAAGGAUGUGUUGUUACGAAUGAUUAUAGUUUACAUACGAUCUUGGCCUGGUUGGGGUAAAAGUAGUGAUUUUUUUGAUGGGGUUUUAAGCUUGGAGGAGUGGUUUAAACGUUUUAAGGAAUAUUUGAAUUAUAAGUUGAAAUAUAUCAUCAAAAAUGGGUACAAAGAGAAUGUGGAAAUUGUAAAAAAAGAAAAUAAUGAGAAGCUACAAAAAAAAAUUAAUAAUGGUUUAAAAGCUGAGCAUGGUACACAAACGGACAAUUUAGCCCCCAAAGGUUACGCCCCUUUUACUAUUUGUAUAGAAUGUACUCCAGAUAUAAUAAAUACCCUGGUUUUUACACAAGCAGAUAAUACUGCUGAUAAUUUAGUUUUACGUAAACACCCGGCAUUUACAUGGGAAAACAUUUCCUUCCAACAGCUCUUAAAUUGGCCCUUUGUUGAAGUCCAAUUUGACUCCCCCGAACUGAAAUUUGGCAGGAAAAAUGUUACAGAUUACACCAGAUACAUUAGUUUGACAACAUGUCCCUUAAAACACGACAAGGAUGAAUUUAUAGAUGAAAUAGAUUUUUUUGAUAAAAGAAAUACGAGUAGGAGCUGCUAUACGCUGAAAUUUCUGGAAAGUUAUUGCAAUACAUAUGUGAAAACGUUAAUUGAUUUAUCAGCAAAGUACUUAUUUAUCCAAAAAGGAUUGAUACAGGAUGUAAAGGUUUUACUAGGCGAAUUUUUAUCUGACAUUAAGGAACUGAAUAUUAAUAACAGCACCAUGGCAACAAACACAACAAUAACUUUUAAUAUUGGGCGUAGCAAUUAUGUCAGGGUGAAAAAAUUGACCAGAGGAAACCACAAGGGAAACAACCAAAUCGGCUACUGCGAGUUCAUAACCCCCAAAAUCGAGCUGAUCCUCAAGCACUUCGCUGCAGUGCAGGAGCCCAACCACAGUACAGUGACGUUCACGCACUUAAAUAACCUCUUGUCGAUCCACAACGACUCUUUGCCUUUAAUCAAGAGCGCCGUGCCGCGGCUGUCAUUCCGCUGCCGAUUCUGCCAGGUGAGCCUCGACUGCAAGGCCGCCAUCUUCGAGCAUUUCGCGACGUUCCACCGCUCCGAACAGAACGUCGUGUGUUUCCGGUGCAAGGUUUCCUAUCCCCUCCCUGAUAUCACCAAGCUGCGCUGGGACCACAACUGUAAGUCCAAGGAGGUAACCGUGACCAACAAAAAGGUGCAGAACAAAUAACUAACAUUAAUAACUAACUUUGUUCGGUGCGCAUUCAGGACUUAACCUGUAUAUUAGCAACAUUUUAUUUUGUAUUUGGUUCUGCUGUAACUUUCAAACUUUUUAACCCAAAUGAACCAUUUUUAAGUAAGAUUAAAUAGGCUUAAACUUUUUAUUUGUUUAUAUGGAUUGUGUUAAUUUAUAGAAAUCAUUCCAUAGAAAAAAAUGUAAAUUGUAUAUGUACAUAUCUCAGCAGGAAUUUUGUUCGAAAUUUUAAAAACAAAUUGUUAAUUUUUUUUUAUAUUUAAUUUUUUUCGUUUUAUAAUAAAUAAAUAAAAAAAC